AUGUCAACCCAAGACCAGAAAAGAGAUGCCAAGAUGAAGACUGCCGACAGCAGAAGCUACCGAAAGCAUGAUAAGGACCAUCAUGACGGUGGCAGAAGUGCACACUUCAACCAGCCAGGCAGCCCUUACCCUCGUGCCUCUAACAAAGCGCACCAUCACCAGAGCAACUCCAGCCAGUCUACGGCUCGCUGGUCCUCCCAAGGCGUGAGCGAGCGGAACACCGGGAAAAAUGCCCAAAAUAAGGCUUCAUUGUCCUGGAAGAAACCUAUUAGACCUAGUGAGCCCAGCAAGCGGACUACCUCGAUCCGUUGGGCUAAGGAUCUUCCAGUUCCAGACAGGAAGCGGUCUCCCCCUUCUUGGAACGAAACAGUGUCCAGCCCAGAGGCUGCACAAGCAGCUACUGAAUCUGAAAGCAGCGUCUCUGAAUUCCAUGUCACACAGCAAUCGUUUGCAGUGAGCAAGAGCUCCCAGAAGACGUGGAAGAAGCAGGAGGUUGAGGUUGUUACCAAACGCCAGACGACCCAGAAAGGCGAAGACAAGAAGCAUGAUACAGCGGCUCAACAACCAUCGACCACAUACAUCCCUCCUCACCUACGUAUGAUCAACGAAUACGUCCCUCCUCAUUUGCGCAUGAUCAAGACUAAGCCCGAUGUUGAGGUUGACGCCCAAAAUCUGGAGUACGAAAACCCAAACAGCAUGAGCUAUGAUGCCGAUUCCGACACGGAAUCGGCCGAGCCCGCCAAGAGUUCAACGCCCCUAACUCCAAUGGCUCUGAAGGAACUCCCAGAGAGACUAGGAGUGGAACUUAAGUCCAAGAAGAGUCAUCCGUCCAUGGAUGUCAGUGUGGCGGGCGACACCACGUCAAGCGAUGAGCGUGGCUCGAGACGCUCCAGCACUCCCUCCGACAAGACGAAUGGCCUUAUUUGUAAUGGGUCCACCUCCGCGUCUUUCCAAGCCUGGAUCAACAACCUGCCUGCGGACUCAGCCAGCUCGUUUCUUGACGAGAUUACCAACCAUCAUCAUCACGACAUUGACCCAGCGAAUGGACAGCUCUUGGAACGAGUCGAGCAGCCCGAAACUAUCGUCGACUACGAUGAGGAAAAGAAAAUGAGGGGUUCGAUGAUUCAUCGUCGUCGUGACUGGACCAGCAACUUGUUCGUCUAUCGUGAGAUAAACGUUCGCGAAGACUACAUGCGUCGUCGUCAGGAGAACCUGGAGCGUCGCAGCUUGCCUGCACGAGAUGAUGAGCCGACCCAGAUUGCAACCACGUCAAACGACAAUGCAGUUUCCGUCGUGAAGGAGAAAAGGCUGCUGGACGACUGUGUCUUACGACCAGCUCAGCUUAUCGACGCCAGUGGCUGCUCGCAGAUUUACAACGCGGCCGUGGCCGACCAUGACCACGAAAUUGUCGACACCGUCCAAACCUCGGCCCGCCGAUUCGAAUACAUGAUUGAUGAGUGCCAGAGAGAGAAACUCCCGUUCGUGGUCGCAAUCAAGCAGAGAGCCGAUCUGACGGAUGCCAAAAAUUGGCCCUCUCAGGACGCAUACCGACAGUACAUGAAGUGGAAAAAGUCAGCGUCACAGGAAGACGAGUCCACGGAAAACAACAUCUGUGGUUUCGCAUAUCUGAAACCAUACGAGAAAGGAAUCACAGGACUCGCCGGCAACUCAUCUCCCACGGUCAAGGCCACCGUCUUUGUCGGCCUGGAGCAUCGUCGUGGUGGGAUCGGCAGUGCUCUGAUCCAUCAGCUCUUGGCGCAGACCUCGAUCUUGUACAACAGCCACGCUAUCGAAUACAAAUGGGAGGACCCUGCAGCCGAAGAAGACUCUUUCAACACGCCAGACUUCCGCAAGAUUCAUCGCAUCAUCGCUCACACUAUGCUCAACAGUGAGGGUGAACAGCAUUCCAAAUGGGUUGAAGAACUCAUGACCUCGUUCCAGUUCGAGAAGGCCGGUCAAGUUAGCCAAGUAUACGAGGUGUACUCUCCUCACGGGGUUGAGUGGUACGACCAAGUCGUUUGGCAGCACUGGGCGAACAAGAUUGACACAGCCCGCAACGCUUACGCGGGCGACGAGUCCGAGUGUUCCUACGAUUACCCGGGAAAGCUUCAGUCUCCAAACUACCGCUGA